AUGGAAGCAUUUUUUGCGGAUUUACCUACACUCAACUUACCUCCCAUCUCCACCCAUAAAGAUCCCGAACCCGAGAUGUCGUCUUCAUUACGAUUAAUCCAACCUUUGGAUCUAUCGAGAUACCAACUUCCCUCGCUACCUCCUACUGAAGCUCCAAGUCCGAUCGGAGUAGGUUUGCAAGUAUCGCACGAUCGUUCCUGCCAGACUAACCACCACGGCAGUAUGGGAACCCCUUCCGACUUGUCAUUAUCCCCUCCACAGCUUAUGCAGAAUAGUCGUUCUGCACCUCCUUCUGCUGCUCCUUAUCAAUCGUCUUUCUCUUUCCCGCAGAUCCAGCCUGAACAACUCCCAAGACGAGCGUUUGCCCAGCAGCCUUCAACCCAAGGUUUUCCAUGGCUUGAACGAGGAGGUGGUGGUUUGAGUACUCAAAUUUACGAAACUCCUUAUCAAUCUUAUCGACCUUCACCUCAACCGAACUCCAAUCACGUUCAACAUAACCAUUCGCAUUCUACGCCGAAUUUCUUGUCGAUGCCACUUUCCCAACAUUCCGACACUUCAACGCCAUUCCAAUAUUCUCAACUAUCUCUCACACCUUAUGCCUUACCUGUCAACUUCCAAGAUACCACCACCACCGACAACAACAACGAUAUACCAUUACCAUUGCAGAAGAAUGAAAGUGACGAUUACUCUUUACCCGAAGGUAUAUGGGAGAGCAACGCCCCAUACCCCCGGCCUGACGCUAAACCCGAAAAGAGAGGAAAGAAGAGGGAGGGGUUUGUGAAGGGUAGGAGACAUAUUUGCGCAGUUUGCGAUAAAAGGUUUAAUAGACCUAGUUCGUUGAAUACUCAUAUGGCGGUUCAUACAGGUGCUAAGCCUUAUAUGUGCAGUCGACCGGAUUGUCAGAGGAGAUUUUCAGUAUCUUCAAACCUACGAGACACGAGAGGACUCACGACCAACGAGCUGAGAAGGAACGACAAAAUUAUGAAAUUCCAGAUCAAUUAA